AUGCGUCUUCUUCCAAUCCUGGUUUCUAAUAUUCCUGCACCAAUCCUGUGCAAACCUUCCCAUGUAAAACCCGAAAAUGCGUCGUCUUCUUCCAAUCCUGGUUCUAAUAUUCCUGCACCAAUCCUGGUCAAAACGUCUACCAACAGUUUAGUGCAAAAAUGCUGUCGUCUUGGGGAAAUGUUACAACAAUUAGAUCCAUCAAAUCUGGCCAACUCCGAAGACGACUUACAAUGUAUUCCUGGUCUCGGUGAAAACUGGUUACCUCAAAUCUACGCACCAGCCCGAAAAGUGUUUCUCAAUAGUAAAAUUACACCAAGCAAUUGGCAAUUGAAGGAACUCAGCAGGCCCUUUUGUGGGUUCGGGAUUAAACCAAAAUUAGUUCACUUGGCUGUUCCUUAUUUAAAUUACUACAUGUUGGCAAAUGGGAGUCUUUUUGUGGAGGAGCACCAUGUUUUGUAUGACCCGAAGGAUUUUUGUAUCGAUAAAUUGUCUGCCAUGGUUUGUGACCUGGACAGUCAGGCUGGUGUCAAUGUCACCGAACAGGUUGAGGCAUAUAUUGAUGCCAGGUUGGUGAAUAAAAAAAAGAUUAAAAUCAGGAAGUGUUGUGGUGAAGGUGGUGCUUAUAGUAGAGACAAUGCUACUUGUGUGGUUGUCCAGGGUGCUUUGGGACAGUCCAGGAGUUUUGAUGUACAGCUGGAAGACCCUUCAAACACAACAGUAUCCUUCGUCUCAAGUUUUCCAACAUGCAAAAUAGGACACGCAGGCUUUGCCAUCAAUGCUCUACCUUCAAAUAUUGUAAGGGUGCAAAACGACGGGUCCUUAUUCAUCGAAACAAGCCCUUCGGAUUCGACAACACUUCAGCCUUCGGCUUUUUGCAUCGAGAGAGCUUUGCCGCACAAUUUCCAGGAGUUGCAGAAACGUCUUCAACCUGAUACUGCUUUGACGUACAAUGAUGUCAGUGAUGGAAAUACGAUGACGGAUCCUGAAAUCAGGACCAAGAUCACCUCCAGGGAUUUGUCGGAGAUGAACAAUGUCAACCUGCAGGAGGAUUUGCAGAAAGUGCAUGUGUUUUCUUGCAUCGGAGACAUUCCUAUUGUGAAGACGCCAGUUGAUACUUACGACGAACUUAGAUACACACUUUAUCCGAUAAGUUUGGCUCUAAGUGUGAUUUUUCUUCUGGCAACUUUGGCAGUCGGUUUUUUGGUGCCAGGGAACCAUCAUGCUUUACAUUGGAGGUGCCAAACUUAUUACGUAACUUGCCUUUUGUUUGGUGACACCCUUUUGGCAGUCAGCCAAUUGGCUGGAAGAGAUUUGGACGCCAAAGUUUGCGUAACCAUAGCAAUUCUGAUGCACUUUUUCUUCCUGGCUGCAUUUUUCUGGCUGAACACGAUGUGUUUUAAUAUUUGGUGGACAUUCCGGUAA